ACGGUAGCAUUCAGCCCACACACGACCGAUGCUGACCGUAGGCGUUCCGUCGCUCUACGGUACGUGGAUACUAUCCGUGAACAUUGCGAUUAAUUUUUUAUCGACUGCCUGUAGAAUUAUUGUUUAAAAUAAUUUUUUUUUUCUUCGAAUUUUUAUAUAACACAUACUUCAGAGUGAGCAAGAGCGAAGGGCAUGCUUACGAGGAACUUGUAUCUUAAGAGUGUUCGGAUUUUGACAGACGUCGAGACGCCUGAUAUCGGUACGAGAGUGAGGACUUUUAUAGGAGUCAAUAAUAACCGAAGGAAUCUGUUAAAGAAGCUAGAUCAUACCGGGUGUCACGGGAAUAACCGAUGCUCAUAGUGCCAGUCGAUUUCGCGUGGCACUGUUGGCGCUCCUGAAGCCGGCGAACGUUUAUUUCGCGCAACCUUUGCCUCGCGACGCCAAUAACGACGUUAUCCCGCGCGACGCCGCUCCCGUAACCCUGGCAACCCCCGCGGUUGACGCCCUCCCGACGUUCACGUGACCCUGCUCCCGGCCAACAGACGCUCGCCGUCGGGAUGCUGGAUACGGAACAAGGGCUGCCAGGCGGAGCUACUCGUCCGUGGGGAUGAAACCCGACGGCGCUCGGGGGCGAGACGUCGCCGAAAGUCACGUGCCGACGCCAAAGCCUCCAAAGCCUCUCCAUGCUUCCGCGUCGCUGCAACCUCGGUCAGCGCCAACUGCUUCACGUCGGAUAGGUUGCCAACUGUCUGCCACUAAUUUUAAACCACCCUCCUGGAAUUUAUUGCUGAUUGCUCGUGCCUGAUUCCCGAUGGUGGCUAACCUUCGCUCGCGUCUCGACGCUCUAUUUGUUUGCUGAUUGUGGGAAAUCACGAUUCUCGGCUCGGACGGAUUUUACAGAAACAGGGGACAGUGAAGUGUUAAUCGGAGCUGAUUGAGACACCAGGUAUUAGAGUCAGUGAACGCGAUUAAUGUUCUACGAGCCAAUUGGAUAAUUGGGACCUUCACGAAGUUUCGUAACUGCUACGUGUACUGGUAUUACGUUGUUUUGGUACUUCGCGAAGUGAACCAAGUGAAGCUCCGUCGGAUUGGAUAAAUACGAGUUUUGUGCUAUUUACAAAAAAAAAAAAAAGGAUUUUUUUAAACGUCAUAAGGAUCAAUACCGAUUCUGUUAAGGAUCAUUGUCAUCGAUCCUCAUGAUCAAUCAAACUAAAGAUCUGCACAAUUUAACGACCUAGGGAUGACACCGAUCUGAUAACGAUGACCCUCUGCACGAUUGAUGCUCUUAUCAUCACAGAAUACACAUCAAUCACAAUCAUUACUAAAACUACCAAUUCUUAUCUAAUCGGCAUAAAAUUGUCCGUGACUUGAAAAUAUCGUUAUCGUCACUCAAAUCGAAAAUGGAUUUUACUAAUUUUUGUUAUUAAUCGCCAGUGAAAUCCUUGUUAGGACACUCGAGGGAUCGAUUAGAACGAAAUGUGUUUUGCUCCAAUAGGGGUGUGGUUUUAGUGUUCUCGCGGGUGAUCGUGCUAAUAAAAUUAGUGCGAUUAAAUACAAGGAAUUUUCGCUUAAGGAUAAAAACGGCCAGGACGAAUGUCAUAUAAGAAGGAAAUAGCGAAAAGUUGUUCACGUGGAUGACGAGAUGACCCGACGCUCCGAAUGGCAUCCUCAGCCAGCCGUCGUCCUGUGCCACAAAGAGGAUCUUGAUGACAGUCAUUGUCGACCUCAGCCAUAGACUCUCACGAGCUGCGAGCCAAAAGGCAAAAAUAACUUGUAAAGGCACCUAAGAGAUCUUCAUUGGCAGUCUAUAGAAUCAAUAGAGUUCAAUAGGUAUUGGACACCUUGAAGCAUCCAGCUGGAUUCUCAGAGCCGACGGCCGGCGGGCCGAAUAGUUACGCGAUGGACCUCAGCACUGCUUAUCGAUACAAUCAGAACAUGAUGGAAUACUACACUUGCCACGGGGGAGUGAACCAGCUAGGCGGUGUCUUCGUCAACGGAAGACCUCUACCGGAUGUUGUCAGGCAGAGGAUCGUCGAGCUGGCGCACAGUGGAGUCCGACCCUGCGACAUUUCCAGACAGCUCAGGGUCUCGCAUGGCUGCGUGUCCAAGAUACUCUCAAGGUACUACGAAACGGGGAGCUUCAAGGCCGGCGUGAUAGGUGGCUCAAAACCAAAAGUGGCGACGCCGCCGGUGGUGGAGGCCAUUGCCAAUUACAAAAGGGACAAUCCCACGAUGUUCGCUUGGGAGAUCAGGGACAGGUUGCUGGCAGAAGGGAUUUGCUCGCAGGAUAACGUACCCUCGGUUUCUUCAAUCAAUCGAAUCGUAAGGAACAAGGCGGCGGAGAAGGCGAAACACGCGCAUCAGCAACAACAGGCUCAGCAACAAGGUCAGCAACAGAGUCAGCCUGGAUCUGGCGGUUCUGUCUCGGUGAUAGCGCAUGCACCUGCAACGGCCGCGGGUCAUCCUGCUGCUGCUGCACCGAACGCUUACAGCAUCAGUGGUAUCCUUGGUAUCCCGGCUCAUCAUCAGGAUCCCAAUGGCAACAGUAUCAAACGAAAACGCACGGACGACGAUGAUAAUCGCGAUAUGAGUGAUCAUCCCGAGGACGACUUGAAGAGACAAAGAAGCAAUUACAACGGUGACCAGCUGUACUCGAAUUUAUGGUCGAGUAAGUGGAGCAUCAAGGAUGAGCACAAGCUCCUGAGCGAGCUCGGUGGCGGCGGUGGCACCGGGAACGGUGGUGGAACCGGUGGCGGCGGCGGCGGAGGCUCCGGAGGUGGCGGACCUGGUGGCGGCGGUGGCGGUGGGUACUACGAACACGGGGGAUUUCCCGGGAAUGCUGUUGCCACCUCCGCCGAGCUCUACGACUCCCUGGGCACCAUCAGCACGAUGACGCAAGCGCAGACGCCACACCUCUACACCCCGCCCAUAGGGGGCACCAUAGCAGGUGGUACAUUGACGCCGCUCGCGCCAUUGACGAUGCAAGAACUAAAAUUGAGCCAAACGUUGGAUGGGGCUAACAUGUCUCCCUACCACACUACGGCAGAGGGCAGUACCGUCGCAGUAUCCUACGUUGGGGUUGGAGCCGGCGGGGGCGAGCAGAGUCCUCCGAUUUCGUUGCAAAACGAGGGAAACGCCACCCCCACGGCCUCCAACACCCCUGGAGGAGAUCCUGGACUGACGGUCUUGCAGCCGCCGGUAUCGCAGCCCCAGGUGGCGUCCGCGAUACCACCGUACUCGACGAUGCUACCAAGUUUUGGACACUACGCAACUGGUGGCGGCGAUUACGCGUACAGUGCAGCGUAUUCACAGUACUCCAGUGCACCUUACAGUGGUUACGGUUAUGGAGCGGCGACAAGCGGGUUGCUCAACUCUACGUACUACUAUUGCAACGGGGACACGCUGGCGUCUUCCCACAACAGUUCACAGCAGGGCGGAUGUAAUAACGGAGGUCCGGAGAGCAGCGCCGAAGUGGCCAGUCGUUCUCCAUUGGCGGCCACCAGAGCAAGCAGCGGCGCGAGCGCGGCCUCGCCGACCGGAAGUGCCUGCACGAAACCGGAUCACACCUCCACCCCGACGGACUUGUAUCUAGCUUGAUUUGCGGCAGAGGACGAAGGCGCGACACCUCGUAGUAGAAAGCGUCGUCGAAACGGGCGACGGGUCGACGUCCUCCCGGACGAUCGUCAUUAGCGAAUGGACGCCAUAUCAUGAAAACGCAUUGAAAUUAAGCACUGAUCUCUUUGUUAGGUUGAGAGCCGAGCCGAUAGCGUCUCCCGAUCACGGAGAGCGGCCGGUGCCUCAUAUAAAGCAUAUGCGAGCGAAUGCCGGCGUCCAUCGGGUCGAGGAUGGACGUCGACGUCCACGAGGACGGCCGUGGGAUCUCUGGAAAGGUCCCAGUCGUCGCGACGACCUAGCUUGCCGUCCUCGCCGAUACUCACCGACGCCCCCCUUAGGUAGUUUAAUUUAUGAAUCCAACCCCUUUUUUGUUCCCCUCUGCUUCCUUCCCCGAAUCGUCCCUUGAUUCCUUCAAGUCCGACCCUCAUUGAAUUAAGGUAACGUCACCGUUUCCAAUGAUCGUCAUGUCAGACGUACGUCCUCGACGUCGAGCGCAUACGUUCCUAUGCGUGCAUAGCGUAAGCGACAUCUGACUGUUAUCACUACGAAGGGAAUUGUCUGUAUAUAUUAUACAUAAACAUAUAUAAUUAUAUAUAGAGUCAAGUGCUCCCAUCCGCUCCCCCUUGAUACCUCGUAAACAAUUUCUGCCACAGCCCUCUCCAUAUCCACCCCUUUCAAUCCCCAAGCCCUAAGCCAAGGGGUUGAAGACUGCAAAGAAUUCGCCUACGUCGCCCAGUGCGUUUCUUUUGGGUUAACUGUACCCUCUGCCCGCGCAACCCCUCCAAUCCUCGUCCCUAGGUAAUCAAGUAAUUUUAAUGAGAUUUCUAAAUCACGAAUCGACUAACGAUCAUUACUGUACUGUUAAGGAUAUUAUAUAUAUUUUUUGUAGAAAACCAAAGACCACACAGAUUAUUAAAUGCAAAUGUCGCGAUAACUCGUCGCGCGAUCGCCAAGUCUACAGCGACCUCUGAAAACUACGGACUUAUUAUAUUGUAAAUAAAAGCGCGUGACCGAGCGACGUGUAAUGUGUGUAUACGUGUGUAUAGGGUCGACGAGAGAAUCGGCCGACGGGUUAACAAUUAGGAGAGCCGCGGGACGCUUGAUACUUUUGAUGCAACGGGUGACGGGUGACGGGUGACGGCGCCACCUCGAGCGAUACCGGCCACCACCGAGCACGCAAUGUUGCUAAUGUUGUAUAAAAAGGAGAUAUUAGAUUCGGUAGAUCUAUUUAUCGUAAUCUUCGCAAGCGCGGAUCGUACAUAUGUCUUUGAUUUUCACAUGCGGAGGAUGCGUGACAAUGUUUGUCAUUUUUUGGGACUCUCGCGCAUAUCGGUGAUUGGCAAUCCAUCGGGUGAGCAACGUGAAUUUUAAGAAUUUGUUUUGACGCUAAUACAAAAAUCGGUAUUAUUGUUUUUCUGAGCUUGCUCUUGCACGUGUCCAGUGACAGAUCGACGAUCCCGAGAAUGCCAAUUGUGACGGUAGAUUGUGCGGGUCUCAUGCGAGUUCGAGCCUCAGAAUAAGACGAGAAAAAAAGAAAUCGUGCUAAAACGAUAGAAACGGAACUUGCGUAUCUUCCUUGCGUAAUAGAGAAAAUAUCAGUUUUUGCCGUACAAUCAGUAAUCGGUAUAACCGUAACCUGUACUACUGGACUGAAUAGCCUAUCGCUGUGUAGACUCUCCCUUGAAACCUAAAUCUACCCCAGUCAGUGCAUAACUCUGUGCUCGGCAUUGGCGCUGCUUUAAUUUUUCCACGGGUCUGGCAACCUGUCCGUUAUCAUUUUUUGCCUUAUACCGAUGUGUGAAGUCAGAAGUCCGCCCUCUCCGAAAUAUGCAAUUUACCGAUAAUGAAAUAACUUUUUAUUUUCUGGAUCUUAACGAGAGCAUAAACGUUACGAAUUCGAAACGGCGCGUCGCGACGCAUAAAUUUCUCUUCGAACGCCGAACGGUCUAUUAACUCGAACUGUGAGAUACUUAUGUACAUGGGCAAAUAGGUUAAACAUAUGUGAACGUUAUCUUUGGUAUCGUAACUUUCCUGUGAUCUUCACUUUUUUUU